AAAAAUAUUGUAAUCAACACGUGGGGUAAUGGCGAUUAACGAUCUCGCCUAUUUUCAAUUCCAUUCGAAGGAAGGUGUACGGCAUGCUCUAUCUGUACUUAUAUUCAAUAUCUUUGGUUGUGACAUAAAAUCUUAGGUUAGAAUUCUGGCGUUUUGGAAUGUGAACAUAAUAGUGUCAAAUAUCACAAUUUUCAUCAACAGCACUUUCAGCAAAAUAUAACGUGACCACAAUGUCGACUUUGGAAUAUUCGAAAGCACUCUUUGCACAGGGAAGAUCUUCGUGGAAAAAUGUCCACAACUGUAAACUGUGCCCCUAUUUUACAACAUCGAUUUUGUGUAUGGUGAGUCACGUGAGGCGACAUCGCUCAUCUCUGGAAAAAUUUACAUGCUCCGAAGCCAAAAUCGAAGCGUAUUAUUGUAAAGACUGCGAUUUUAAAACGGAUCUAACGAUUCUGUUCAAACAACACAUUAACAAACAUCAUGGCCUUAAGAGUGAAUUUAGAGAGGAUUUAUCAAGUGAGGACUUCACCAUAAAAAACUACGUUUGCGAAAAAUGCGCCUUCGAAACAAAUUUCGUGUUAAAGUGGCGUCAACAUACUUCCAUAUGCACGGAAAGGAAAGCAAAUCGUGAAAGUCUGAGUUCUCUGCUCCAGAAUGUCACGUACGAAGAAAAUAUUGAAUGGCUCAAGUGCGAAAAAUGUAAUUACAAAACUAAAUUCAAAAGUUGUUUAAAAAAACACACAUACUACGUACACUCGCGGGCAGAAGACGUUAAAUGGCACGAAUGCAAGGAGUGUCCAUUCAAAUCUAAGUAUGAGGAUUCUCUAAAGAACCACUUCAGUUUGAAACAUGUAGACAAAGAAAAAAUUAAAUGGCACAAAUGCAAGGAAUGUCCAUUCAAAUCUAAGUAUAAGGAAUCUUUAAGCAACCACUUCAAUGCGAAACAUGUAGAGGAAGAAAAAAUGAAGUGGCAAGAAUGUGAAAAGUGUCCGUUCAAAACUAAAUAUCGCACGUCUUUAAAAUAUCACAUGAUUGCUCAACAUUUGAGUGAAGAAGAAGUUAAGUGGUACGAAUGUGUGAACUGUUCGUUUAAAAGUAAAAGGAAAUAUAAUUUGAGACUGCAUAUAAGUGGUCGACAUCCAGAUAUCAAAUCACUUCAGUGUGAAUCAUGUCCAUGUAAGGUUAAGUUAGAAGGUCAUUUAAAGCAGGAUUUAUACAACCACUAUGCCGAUUGUAAGCGGUACCAAUGCGAAAAAUGUCCUUUUAAAACUAGAAUACAAAGGAAUUUAAAAAACCAUAUUAUUAAUGUACACUCGCCGGUAGAAGACGUUAAAUGGUACGAAUGCAAGCAGUGUCCAUUUAAAUCUAAGUAUAAAGUAUCUUUAAACAGACACCUGAGUGUGAAACAUGUAGACAAAGAAGAAGUUAAGUGGUACGAAUGUACGAGCUGUUUAUAUAAAAGUAAAAGAAAAGAUAAACUGAAACAGCAUGUAAAAGUUCACAUAAGGCGAAACGCACUUAAUAAAGCGUCAUAUAAAUAGCUUGUCGUUAACUGGUACAAAUGCGAACAAUGUUCUUACAAAGUUAAAGAGUGACUGGCUUUGUCUAGACACAAAAAUACAUGUGUAGGAUUUAUUUUUGUAUAAUUUGGUUGUAGUAGCAUUAAGCUGUGUAUAUAACUUUAAUAAAGCGAAAGUUUAUA